GGUGGUUUAUAUUGCAUUAAUCAGCUGUGCUGUAAUCAGAGACAUCCAGCCGCCAGCGGAAAUACAGUCGUCUGAACUACACUGCUAUCUGCGAAAAUGUCUAAUCGGGCAGAGUUUGAGAAGAUGGCGGGGGAUGUGAAGAAAGUGAAGACGAGGCCAACGGACCAGGAGUUGCUGGACCUGUAUGGACUUUAUAAGCAGGCAAUAGUUGGAGAGGUUAACACCGAAAGACCAGGAAUAACAGAUUUGAAAGGAAAAGCCAAGUGGGACGCCUGGAACUCCAGGAAAGGAAUGUCCAACGACGAUGCCAUGUCAGCCUACAUAGCACUUGCAAAGGAAGUCAUCAGCAAAUAUGGCAUGUAAGGCUUGCAAUAAACUGAAGAGCAAAAUGAAUCCACAAAUGACAAAAUGUCUACUAACUCAAUAACUGAAGCAAUGUUGCUAUCCAAGUAUCCUUCUGGUUUCAGAGGCCAUAAUUAUGCAGGAUAAAGUGUAACCUAAUAUUUGCUGUGAUUUCUUCGUCUUUUUUUUAACAUAGAUUAUUAAUUGAAUAAAUUACACACAUCCUUAAAGGUUAGGAAUAUUUUUUUUAAUCUCAUUUAUGUAGUUUAUUCUUGUAAUCCCCAUGAGUACAGCAAUAUACUGUAUACACAUGCACUAUGAUAUGUAACUUGAUUCCUAAACAGGACAAACUUAAUGCUGUCAAACAUGAAAAUAAAACCUCUGUAUAAUG